UUUAAUGACUAAAUGACGAAUAAAAGAUUAGUGGCUAGUGCGCACAAAAACAACGUAUAGAAAACUGUUGUCAUUAUUAUUUACUGUUUACAAACGCGGAAGAAUUUUUAAUCAAACCUAUAUUGAAUCAGAUCCACAGGAUUCGGUAAUCUGUCGUGAGCACUGGAUUGUUCAGGUCCUUCCAACAACGCGUACGCGAGUGAAACGAUACGAGUGUGUGAACCCUAACGAGAGGCCGAGAAAAACAAAUUGCGCGUUUAGCGUUUUCGACCCCAGGCGAUGAGAAAAUGGCAACUCUGCUAGAAAAUACAAAAGGGAUGACGGAUUCCGAAACUCAUCUGUUGUCUUUCAGUCUCGACAAUUUGGAGAUUGACCCCACCAGGCCUCAUAAGUAUCCUGGAAACAUUGUGGAAAAGGAUAAUGACAUUAAAGAACCAUAUCCAACUGGUUGUGUAAUAUGCCGUUGUAUGAAUACGAAAUCUCUAACCUGUGCAUAUCCUCAAAAACAAAAUACUGAAUUGCCAUCAAAAGAUUGCAUACUAAGGCCUCCUAAAUUAAACAGAGUAGAACGAUGUAAGCAACAAUAUGCAGCAGCAUCUCCUGUACCUGUCAAUCGAAGGUUUAACCGUAAACAACUAAAUCGAAAAUGGUCAACCGAUGAUGAAUUUCUAUCAGAAUUAUCAUUGAACAAUAACAACAAUAGUAACGAGUGUACUAAUGUCAUACCAUGCACGGAUGAUGUAACAAUUGAUGAGUUGGCCAGUUAUUUUGAAGAUCUAGUACACAUUCCUAAAAAAAUGUCUGACAUGGCUGAACUGAUGUACAAUUAAACAUAUACAUAUAUUCUGAAUAAUUUAUUGUUAUUCUGUUUGUUUUUUAGGUAAAACUUUUAACAGACUUAAAAAAAAAUAUAAUAAUAAUUUGUUGUAAUCAAUCAUAUUCAAUUGUUGUACAUAAUAUUAUGGCAAUUGAAAAUACUGAUUUAAAUGUAUAGAUAUGAAUUGUUGUCAAUGUUCGUUUUUAAAGACCAAGUCAUGUAACAGUAUAAUUAUAUAGUCACUUUUUGAAUAAUCAUAUGACGUGUACAAGGAAGUAAAUUGCUAAUAGUACUUCAUUACUAUUCAUUAUGUAACAUACUGAUAGUCAAGUGUGUAUUCUCAACAAAUUUUUUACUAAAAUAGUUUGGUUGUAAGAAUAAAAAUUAAAUAUACAUCUUUAAUUAGUAUAUUCAAUCAUUAAUUUAGAAUUAAAUUGUUCAAGUGCAUAUAGUUAACUAAUUAAAAUUCUACAAAUUUCAUAUUAUAUUCACCUGAAUUUUCCAUUAAUUAUUUAACAAUUAAAUUGUAAAACAUACUGCACAUUUAAUAUACUUAUUAUAAUAUAAUAUAAAUAAUGUUGAAUAAAUGAAGUCAACAUUUUCAGAAUAACAAAAUAGUUAAUGAAAAUUAUUUAUCAUUAGCCAUCUACACACAUUUAAAUUGUAUUAGUUUUUUUUAAAUUUGAUUAAAUAUAGUCAAAAUUUAUAUUAAUUUUAAUAGAGUUUUGUAAAAUGUAUUUUACAGAAAUCAUUAAAUAUUAGUAAUUUCCUAAAUUAUAAACAGUAUUGGAUUUGAAAUGUUUGUAAAAUACCAUGACACUGGUAGAAAAAUUUUAUUAAUAUUAAAAUGUAAUAAUUGAUCAAAUUGUGCAUGUAAUAAUUUUUAUUACUAUUAACAAAAUAAUGCUAUCUUAUAAUUAAAAUUUAUUAUUUUUCUCGUAGAACAUAAUUUAUUUUUUGUUCAUUAUACAUAAACCAUAUUUUGUAAUCGUACUUUUAAUAAGCUUUAAACUUUCUAGAAUUUAUGAAUAUAAUAUAUUGUUUUACUGUUGUUUAAUUACAUACAUGUAUUAUUUUAAUUAUAUAACAUUGUUUUUAUUUGAAUUCAAACAACCAAACCAAAUUAAUUUUAGUAAUAUUACCUAAAAGUUGUUCUGUUUCAAAAUUUAUAUACGUACUUAUUAAUUAUUAUUAUAUGUUUUAUUUAUCUACUAAAAUAUUUUAUUGAGUAUUUUUAUUCUGGAAAGGGUAAUUACUUAUUUGUCAAAUUAAUGUGUGUAAGCAAUCUCUUGUUAUCUUGAAUAUAUGUGAUUUUACAGAUGAUUACUAUUUAAAUCAAUUAAAACCGAAUGGUCUGGAAAACAUAAAUUUAAAAUCAAUAUGAAUUAUUCGUUUUAAUUUGUUAUAAUAAUUAAACUUUAUUGACCAAUAAUAUAAGUCAUCUUUAGUUAUUUAAAAUAUUUUGUGAAAUGUGUAUGAUAAGUAAUUCAGUCACAGCGUAACGCCAAG